AUGGCCUCUUGGCAAGACAAAGCUGCAGCAAAGCGUGCAUCUCUUGCUACGCUAAUUCCCAGCGACCUCAAACUCUCUGCGCUUCCAGGUUCCGCGACUCUUAACGUCACCCUCUUUCCUUUUGAUUCAGUUCUUUCUCACCGAGAUGUCGAAAUUACGGAGACGGUGAAUGUCAGUAUCUUGUUGAAGAAAAUCAGCGAAGGGGAAUGGACAGCAACUGAAGUAGUCUCUGCGUACUAUAAACGUGCCAUUGUGGCUCACCAACUCGUGAACUGUCUCACGGAAAUUUUCAUUGACCAGGCUCUUGCCCGAGCUAAAGAGCUCGAUGAUUACUUCCAAGCCACAGGCAAAACUAUUGGACCUCUCCAUCUGAAGGACCAGAUCGACGUCAAGGGCGUCGAACUCACAAUGGGAUAUGUUGGAUGGAUUGGCAACGUAUCGAAGGAAAACUCAGUUUGCGCUCAAUUACUUCUUGACCAAGGGGCUGUUCUUUAUGUGCGAACUAAUGUGCCUCAAGCAUUGAUGUUCGGCGAAUCGGUCAACAAUGUCUUCGGCACCACAUCUAACCCCUUCAAUCGCAAUCUGACCUGCGGAGGCUCAUCGGGUGGUGAAGGCGCCCUUAUUGCUAUGAAGGGCAGCCCACUCGGUGUCGGUUCGGACCUGGGUGGAUCUAUUCGAAUUCCAUCCGCUUUCCAAGGUCUCUAUGGCCUGCGCCCAUCAUACAAUCGUAUUCCUUAUUGCGGCUCAACAAACUCGAUGGAAGGCCAGGAAGCUAUCACCAGCGUUCUUGGUCCAAUGACUUGUUCAGUGGACGGUUUGAAGGUCUUCAUGCAGGCUAUGGCUGAUGCAAAGCCCUGGCUCUCGGACCCGGUUGCCUUACGGCUUCCUUGGAACGACGCUGCAUAUCUACUGGCAGAUCACGGUGGUGACGGUGCUCGGCUCUGUUUUGCUCUUAUGUGGGACGACGGCGUUUGUCGCCCCAUGCCUCCAUAUAUUCGUGCUCUCCGAGAAACUAAAGCUGCGCUGGAAGCUGCUGGGCACAAAGGCACGCGGUUUUCUCCCUCUCUUGUUAAACCUGUUUCUCAUGUCCACAUUGGUCUCUUCAAUGCCGAUGGAGGGCACGACAUCGCGCUCGCACGUGGUCUGUCUGGUGAACCUAAGCUAGGUUGGAGCACGGUCCUCGACUCUGAGCCGAAGCAUCUAUCGACCUAUGAAUAUUGGCAACUCUGCCGCGAAAGGACUAUCUUCAUCAAGAAACAUCUUGAUCACUGGAACGACACAGUCUCGACUACUGGAACUGGCCGGCCAGUGGACGCGAUCAUCGCCCCUGCAAGCCCGUCUGCUCCCAGUCAACACAACACGCCUGGUUACAUUUACUACACAGGAUUCUGUAAUCUGUGCGACUAUAGCGCCGCUGUGUUCCCAGUCACCACCGUCGACCCAGCGAUCGACGUUAAGCUGCCGGCCCACGAGUUUCGCUCUGUCAAUGACCAGACCAACUACGAGAACUGCAUGAAUGAGCCUGAGACGUUCCGGAAUGCCCCAAUAUCAUUGCAAUGCAUCGGAAGGAAGAACGAAGAGGAGGCAGUUAUUCGGAUGACUGAAAUUGUUUCUGCUGCCCUUCAAGCAUGA